CACAUAUCCCAUUUUGGGCAUACCAUCUCUUACCUAAACCAUAACAUUCGUAAGAGAUGAAGAAGAGAUUAAUUAUAAAAAAGAAAAAAGUCUCCAGCAAGCGCAAUUCGCUGGCAUUGGACCAAGGGGAUCCGAACCAACCGAGGUACAACUACUCCGGGCGCGUGCAGGAGCUGAUUGAGGGUUAUAACUCUGCCAUACAGCUGCUGGCGCCAAAAUGGCCCUGGUUCUUCUACCCCGGAUAUCUGACAUACGCCGUAUACUGGCGUUACGCCAAAUAUUACAAGGGCAAGUUGAUGCUGACGCCCAUUCCGAAUCGCCUAUACGAUUUGCUAAUUAAGAACGAACUCAUAAAGUCGGAGCACCUGGUGUUCGCUAGUCAGGAGGUGUACGAUAACUAUGCUGAGUCCCCAGACGUCAACUUUGUCAACAUUGUCAUUCGGGGAGGAAGCAGAAAGGCCGAGAAACUGUCCAACGGCCAAUCAACGCCCCAAACGGUUAUCAAACAAAUGCUUCAGGAGGCUCCGCAUACCAUAGUGGCCCAGAUACUGCCUGUGGCCCAGUGCCAACCCAACUGCCUUUAUAUCCAGGAAAACUUUUAUGGAAAUAUUGUGGAACGCUUCCGCAUCCGCUCCAACUGCUGGGUGCAGCUAGAGCACUUUAGUGAAGAGCAAGCUAUACCGAGCAUUGCCACCAAAGCACACGUCUACUUGCUGGCGGAUCCUCACGAACUGCCCGCCGAAGUGACUGAACUGAUACUGAGCAACUACUUCAACACACCACGUCUCCUGCAUCGCGGACACACAUAUCGCAUAGAGGUGAACGCCGAUCUUGUGGGAACUUCAGCCUACGCCCACUACUACUUGAUAUUCGCCUAUCUACGCCAUGUGUUCAUAAAAUGCAUACACCUUGAGACGAAGGGUAGCGAGUUCGAACUCCAAGCAGUGGUUGCCAAAAACUUCAGCAACCUGGUCCAGGUGCCCGCCGCACACAAUUUCCUACCUCGCCAAGUGCUGGAUAAGGUAGCCAUUGUGGAGAACUUCCCAACUGGCCUAAGAAGGCCAUACCAACUGCUGCGUUCUUCGGUGGAUGCCUUCUUGCCCAAGAAGUCGGCGUGUCUGUCUUCGAAACAUAUUUUUCCUGUGUUCCUGCUGCAGGGUGAGCGCGGAGCCGGCAAAACCAAGCUUAUCAACGCUGUCUCCCAGGAGCUAGGCAUGCACCUGUAUGGAGUAGAUUGUGCUGAAAUUGUUUCCCAGGUGCCCUCGCAUACUGAAAUGAAGCUAAAAGCGGUCUUUGCCAAGAGUCAAGUCAGCGAACCACUCAUAAUAUGCUUCCAUAAUUUCGAGAUUUUUGGCAUCGAUAACGAGGGCAAUGAGGAUCUGCGUCUGCUUUCUGCCUUUCAUGUGCAGGUGCAGGAACUCUUCACCAAAGAUCGCAAGCAUCCUGUUGUUGUGGUGGCUUUGACGAGUGACCGACACCUGAAGCCCAUGAUCCAAAGCCUCUUUUUAGAGAUCAUCAGCAUUGAAAUGCCGAGCAAGGAGGAGCGCUUCGAGAUUCUACGCUGGAUGCAUAUUCGCGAGACCUUUAACGACAUCAUCCAUAACCAGAAGGCAAUCGAUCGUCUGCCCCUGUUCUCCCGCGAAAACCAGUCCCAGUUUAUGUCGCGAGUAAGGCCGAAUUGGCGCAAGACUCUGGACGUGCUGCAGGAGGUGGCUUCCAAGUCCCAAGGGUUCCUUCUGGGCGAUCUACAGCUUUUAUACGAUAAUGCAGUGCGUCUGAAGAGCCGGCAGCGUUUGGGCAGGAGCACCUUGGAUCUCUCCCACUUUGCCAAAAACUUAAGCGACAUGCAGAGCUCGUUUGCAGACAGUUUGGGAGCUCCUAAAGUGCCGAAGGUCUACUGGUCGGAUAUCGGCGGUCUGGCCAAGUUAAAGGAUGAGAUUCAAAGCAGCAUCGGCCUGCCGCUGAAGCACGUCCAUUUGAUGGGCAAGAACCUGCGUCGCUCAGGCAUACUGCUCUAUGGACCUCCGGGAACGGGAAAAACACUUGUUGCAAAGGCAGUGGCUACGGAGUGCAACCUUAGCUUCCUUUCUGUACAGGGACCGGAGCUUCUGAACAUGUACGUGGGUCAAAGCGAGCAGAAUGUGCGCGAGGUAUUUUCUCGUGCCCGGUCGGCAGCUCCUUGUGUUCUUUUCUUGGACGAGUUGGAUUCCCUGGCCCCGAAUCGAGGUGUAGCUGGUGACUCUGGAGGUGUCAUGGAUCGCGUGGUGUCGCAGCUACUAGCAGAAAUGGACGGCAUGAGCGAUGGCGAUACGAGCAAGCCCAUAUUCAUAUUGGCAGCCACCAACCGUCCGGAUCUGAUAGACCCUGCUCUACUGCGUCCGGGUCGUUUUGACAAGCUCUUCUACGUGGGACCCUGUUCCACUGCCGAGGACAAGGCAGCCGUGCUGCGCGCUCAAACCCAGCGUUUUGCCUUGGCUACCGGGGUAAAUAUGGACGAAAUUGCGGAGAGACUUAAGAGCGAGAUGAGCGGAGCAGACCUGUACUCCAUCUGCUCCAACGCCUGGCUUUCGGCAGUGAGGCGAACUAUUGACAGACACUUGGGUGGCUCUCUCUCGGAGAAGGAACUGUUGCCGGAGAAUGUGAUCGUGGAGUCGGAAGACUUCACCAAGUCCUUUAAUAAGUUCGUGCCCUCGAUUAGCAAGACAGAUCUGGAGUACUUCAAUAACCUUAAGGCCUCGUACAGUGUUUGAAUUUACAAUCGCAUGGUUAACUAGUUCUAAGAUUCACAAACCGCAACGUCCGAGUCACCUGGAACUGGAACACACCCAGGAAAUUGAAACCCAAUGAGUAGGUCUUUUGUGUAAAUUGGACAUUAGUCGGGUCGGAAGCCCUCGGUUUAGCAGCCUACGGAAA